CGUCAAACUGUCAAAGUCAAAAAUAUUACAUCAUUUUUUGUUGUUUUAUUUAUGAUAAUUUAGGUAUAGAAAAUUGCAACAAAAUAUGGAACUAAAUACUAAGUUAUGAAAUUAAAUUAUUAGCAAUAUUUUCACUUAUUUACAACACUCGUACAUAAAGAAAUCCAAAAUGACUGUUAUUAAGGAAAAACAAAAUUUUAAAUAUCCUUCACCCAAUUCUGCCUCUGCUUCAGAUACAGAAUCUCUGCAUUUGGGAAGUAUAUCUGCCAGUGAUACAGAGUCAAUAAACAAUGAACCAAUUCCUAAUAGAAUUAGAAUAGUAAGACCCAAAAUAAUAAAAGUAUCUCAGGUCGAAGAAUUGAUUAAUAUUAAACGGAAUUCAGGGAGAAAGAAGUUAAGAAGAUAUCAGAACAGAUGUACUCUUCAGACUCUAAGUGAAGAGGAAGAAAAUGAAAACAUGGUUGUCAUAAUGGAAACUUACAAGGGGCCAUUUGCUCGUCUCUUGGACGAUAAAGAAGCCUUUGAAUACUGGCAAGAGUUCAUUGAGAAAUCUGAAGAAGAACAAACUGAGAUCAUUAAGGCUUUGACGGAAAAAUAUCCAAAUGAAACUGUUGUUGAGAAUACAAAGAGUGAUAUUCCUGGAAGGAUAUCCUCAAGGAUCAAACGUACUUUUAAAAUAAGAAAGAAUCUUUCUUUGGAGAUCGUUCAAGUUUGUGAAGAAGAUUUGAUACAGUUUUUUAAAGCUACACCAGAUGAUCGUUAUAUUAAAGUUCCCCCCACAAGUUUUGAUAGACUUAUAAUACAUGCAGUUGCUCAAUAUCACAGAUUAACUUCAAUAAGUGUGAUUUUGGAAGACGGUACCAGGAAGUCUGUUGAAGUGUACAACAAUGACAAAGAUUGGGCACCGGCCAAUUGCCAUUUGACAGAUUUUAUUAGACAGUUAAGGAAAGCGUAAUUAUGCAAAUAAAUAUACAACAUUAUUAAUGUGUGCUUCUAGUAAUUUUAAACUUUUUGUGUUGGUUCUUUGUUGUACCUGUUUCGUUACCUAGACUUUUACAUACUUAAUAACUUAGGUAGUUAAAUAAAAAUUAUAUUUU